AGCUUAGCCACUUGGAGAGGCAGGGGAGGGGAGACACUAGCGCACACAGCCAACGCUGCAACGCAUACACACACAACCGCACAGACAAACACUCCUCCUCUCUCUCUCUUGCUUUCUCCCUAUCCGCUCUCCCUCACUCUGGGUGCUCGGCUCCGCGCACAGCUCCUUUACUCAUUCGCUGCUGAUUCACUCGCUCACUCGCUUGCCUCCUCUUCUGCCAGUCGCUCUGCCUUGCUGUGUUCUGCCUGCCUGCCUGAGAAUGGUCCAGCCGGUGCCUGGGGGUCUGCUGUCGCGGCCUGUCUGAAUACACGCAUAAACAUACAGAGCCAGUCGACACGCGGAAGCACGCACACACAAACUGGAGGGCAAUGUGAGAGAGGAAGUGCCUUCCCUGAUGUCUGCUGCAGCUUUGACCUGCUUCUACAGCUGAAGCUCCACCCUCCCCCCUGCCUCGCUCGCUUGCUGCCACAGCAACACGAGUACAAGGACAGCAGCCACACCCUCCUCGCAGCCUUCGCUCCGACCCCAUCCACUGUACCAUCAUCAUCCACUCCACGCAGCCUGACUCCAAACUCCGCUCUCCUCACUGUAAGACGGCCCUGCUGCCAGCAACUAUCCACCAGCUGACCAGCCUUACCACAGCAGCCCAACACACCACCAGGCCCACACAGCAUCACCUUGCCUUUCACCUUCGCCUUCAACCCUCUAAAGCCUCCACUUAGUCCUCAGUGUCCUUAACCUUCUUGUAGCAGGCUACACCUAGACUGUCACCUUUGUUGCCUGCUUCACUGCACCUAACCAGAGGGCUCUCAGUUCGGCUGUCACCUUCGCCUGGGAAUGUUAUAGAUGACGCAGUUCAGUAAGCAAUAACAAGUGAGAGAGAAAAUCUAACCAAGAGAGGCAGCUUGACUGUUAAGCUAAGUAGUCUCCCCUGGAUAUAAUAACUCUAUCAGCCGCUGUCUGAUCAAGAAAAGGACCCGCUUACAUCCACAGCCAUCCUGCAACAUUUUACUUUGGAGAAGGAGCCCAGUCAAUCAGUUGGAACUUUUCUUUUUGAGUGUUUCAUUUCAUCUUCAUGGACAACACUGAUACGUAAACAAAAAAAGAAAAAGAUUGUGGAUAACAACACUAUAGGUACUUAAUUUGAACAGAUUUCGAAGAGUUUUCGAACAGAUCUCCGCUCGGAAUACUUUUUUCUGCCGGCGUCUUGAGAUGGCAAUGAACAUAACACACAUCCGUGACACAAAGUGGCUGACACUGGAAGUAUGCCGGGAGUUCCAGAGGGGCACGUGCUCACGCUCCGACCAGGAGUGCAAGUUCGCUCACCCAGCCAAGAGCUGCCAGGUGGACAACGGACGGGUCAUCGCUUGCUUCGACUCGCUCAAGGGCCGUUGUUCCAGGGAGAAUUGCAAGUACCUGCACCCUCCUCCCCAUCUAAAGACCCAACUGGAGAUCAAUGGCAGGAACAAUCUGAUCCAGCAGAAGAAUAUGGCCAUGCUCGCCCAACAGAUGCAGCUCGCCAAUGCCAUGAUGCCUGGCACGCAGCUACCACCUAUGGUGAGAGGACACACACGUAUGAACACACCACAGCUACUGCCCACGCCGAUGUUCUCGGUGACACCAGGCCUGGCCACCAACGCAAGCGCAGCAGCAGCUGCAGCUGCAGCCUUUAAUCCCUACUUAAGCCCUGUGUCACCAAGCCUGAUGCCUCCAGAGAUCCUGCCCAGCACCCCUGUCCUCAUGGCCUCCAGCCCUGCAGUCAGCCAAGUCCCCAACGCGGCCGCUGCAGCCCAGAAACUGCUGAGAACAGACAGACUUGAGGUCUGUCGGGAGUAUCAAAGGGGCAACUGCUCUCGGGGGGAGAACGACUGUCGCUUCGCUCACCCCGCAGACAGCACUAUGAUCGACACCAACGACAACACCGUCACUGUAUGCAUGGACUACAUCAAGGGUCGGUGCUCCCGAGAAAAGUGCAAGUACUUCCACCCGCCGGCUCACCUGCAGGCCAAAAUAAAGGCUGCCCAGCACCAGGUGAACCAGGCCACAGCCGCCGCAGCCAUGACUCAGUCGGCUGUCAAAUCACUGAAGCGACCCCUCGACGCAACCUUUGACCUGGGCAUCGCCCCUAGUGUCAUGGCUCCCCUGCCAAAGCGGGCAGCCCUGGAGAAGGCCAACGGGGCCUCUGCCGUGUUUAACACCGGCAUGCUCCAGUACCAACAGGCCCUGGCCAGCAUGCAGUUUCAGCAGCAGGCUGCUUUCCUCCCAUCAGGCUCAAUAUUGUGCAUGACACCUGCAGCCAGCGUUGUUCCCAUGAUGCACGGUGGUACUCCAGCCACUGUGUCUGCAGCCACCACAUCUGCCACAAGCGUUCCCUUCGCAACUGCCUCCACCAAUCAGGACUCUUCCUUAUCAAAGUUGACUUCCAACGAAUACAUGCAAUUGAUUCCAAUAAUAUCUGCAGAUCAUCUGAGUAGUCACAAGUACUUGACUCAGAUGUAGUUCCUCUCAAGAACAAUCAAAUGAAUGUGUGUUGGCACCGUCCAAGCCAAAAAAAAAGAGUUCAGCCUUUAUGUACAUAACCUUCAGAAUGUCAAGCAGUGGGACAAGGAGGGUCUGCCACGUCUCAUCACACGUGAAAACAUCAAGGGUACAACACAUGAUCUGUGCCAUCUUCCCACAUAUCAAUGUCAAGAAGAAUUUGCUGUCAAAUUCAACAUCCAGCUGAGAGAAGAGCAUAUCUUGUUGCCAGGGUCGGCGUGUCUCUCUCCCCCCCUCGGCGGGGGAAACGUUCACAUGAUACCUCUGUGUCGGAUUGAAUCAUAGCACUCAGUUUCUUCUAGUUAUUAUUAUUAUUACCGCAUGCACAGAAGGUCAAGAGCGUUGUUACAUGAGACGACAUUAAGUGCUGGUACAAUAGUAGACCAAGAUUUCCUUUCCUUUUUUAUUUGUUCUGCUUUAUUAUUAUUAUUAUUUUUAUUUUUUUUAAUUGAUAGCCAUAUUUCAGCGUUUACAAGAGUAAUGCAAACAUGCACCUUGAAUUUGAAUUGAAAUCUGAAAGGCACAAUGAUUUUAACAGGAUUUUAUUCGCCAAAUGAAUUAGGCAUGUACAGUAUUGUGUUUUUACAGCUACUAGUGAAACUAGAUGUUGACAUGAGGGUCUUGGACAUAUGAAUGUUCUGGGUAAACCAACAUACCUGUGUACCUUGAAAGCACAGCCAGGCUAGCUUUUCUCACCUCGUGAUGUGCUAUAAAGGCCAUACAGCUAAAACCAGAGUGUUAUCUCAGCAGUGUUAUUUGUUUACCGAAGGUAAAAGUUUUGUAUGGCUCUUUUUUUUUUUCUUUUUUUGUAUUGUUUUGUUUUUAAAAAUCUCCAUUGUGAGUGUUUUUUAACUUUUUCUUUUCUCAAAUUAAUCAGUUUUAGAAGUGGGUUUCUUGCCAAAUCAAUUUGUUUGGUAUUUGAUGUUUUUUUUGUUCCUUUUUGUUUGUUUAGAAUCAGUAAUGGAGGGUUUUUCUAAAGUUUGUCAUAACUCUUUUUCAUAGACUAGUGUUGUUUUUCCUUCUUGGAAUUAAGUCGUUGGACAAGUCCAUUGACUCUAAAGCCUGGCAAAGUAGAGGGUGUAGCUUCAAUUGACAUUGCGUUACCGUGUUUCCCCCUCUUGUAAAGAGGAGCAGCUCUUAAACUGUGUCUCCCAAGAAGCACUGUUGAGCCAUGUGUGGAUGCGAACUUUAAACAACAAGCCCAAAGGUCUAGUCGGUCAUUUAAACCACAUGUGCACUUGAACGAUUAUUUGUCCAGUCGCCAUAUUUUAAUUUCACAUCCCAUCCCAAGUGAACUUUCAUUUUUGAUUUUCUGAGGAAGUACAACACGUUCAAACGUUUGCCUUGUAUCUCAUGCAAAAACACAAAGGUUUUCCUCCACGCAUAGAUCUGACUAUGGAAACCAAAGCACAGUUUGUUUUUUUUCUCUCAAACUUAUCCACAGUGGGUGAAUACAGAGACUUCUCUGCAGAGGCUGAAACAAUUAAGGAAAAAGGUUUAUCAUCUUUCAUUCAUGUGUCUUGAUUUAUGUUUUUCACAGCAGCGUGUCUUUACCGAUUGUAAUGUACCUAACAAAGCCUUAGAUUACAGUUAAUGGGUCCUCGCCCAAUCAAAUGUACUCUCAAUCACCGUGCAGGUAAAGAACACCAAUGAUGUUUUAUAGUUCUCUCACAUGCCGCUUAUGAUCUUUUUUUUCUCUCUCUCGCUCUGUAACAAUAACAAUUACUCUCUUAAAUUUCAUUGAACUUAUGUGUUAUGUACUACUUAAGAAUUUGAAUCUAUUUGAUGUAUGUAGUUUUAGAUUAUUUUUCUUUUUUUUUUGUUGUUUUGUUUUUGCCUUACUAU